AGCACACACGUGCUGCAUGUUUCAACGGAGCCUGGGCAGGUCUCAUGCUACCAACCCAGGGGCAGUGGCUGCAGGAGGCCCCGCUGGCCGCUAUAUCGGUCAGGCUGGGCUUUGGUUCACAGGGCAGCACGAGCACUUGCUGGGGCCCUCAGGCAGUGCACAGGGAGGCAGUGCCCUGCUGGCAUCGAUGCUGUCACAGGUCAAGCAGCUGUGCACCUGCUUUCCGCAUGCAGGGUGGCUUCUCCAGCGCCCGCAAGUAGCAGAGCCUGCCCAAGGCUGGGGUUCAUUCCCUUCAGGGUGUCUCAGCCACCAGUCUGCAAGUGAGUGCACUGUAAAGCCAUGGAGAGCCCAGAAAAGGGGAGUCAGCCCCCAAGGACAGACCAUGAAGCCUUCAGUGCCAGCCUCCCUCCUGAGGGCAAAAGAGGGACAGGGGCUGCCAGUUCAGGGCUCCAGACUGCCUGCCUCUGCCUCAGUGACACAGCAGCCAUGCACUCACUGCACCUGGAGGCGCCAGCACUGCAGCAGCAGGCCUUGCACACAGCCCAUGGAGCUGCUCCCAUGCCAGCUUGGAGCAGUGUUUGGCAUCUGUCUGGCUGAGCUUGACAAGGACACUCAGGGCUCUGAGCCACAUCAGACUGACUCAGACAUGCGCUCAUACCCCAGCACCUGUGUUGAAGCCUGCUCAGGAGCACUCCCAGGGACUCCUACGUGGCUCUGCCACCCCUGGCUGCAAGGUUUCUCAGGUCAGCUGAGGACAGCAGCAAGGAGGAGACCAAGCUAUUUGGACCAAGUCUCCUUUCUGUUAGUCCAUGCACUUUUAUCACCUCCUACAGUGACUGAGUUAUACCAGUCCUGUAUCAGAUGUUCCAGGAUUUCACCUGGGAUCAAUGUCAGGCUGAAGAGACGCUGCUGGGCCUUCGUGUUAACCCUCUAAAAUGCUGACACCACCAUAGCUUUCCUUCAGUCCUCUGGAGCCUCCCCACUGCUUGAAGACUUACUGAAAAUCAGCAUGGACGGCCCCCAAUCUCCUCAGCCAGCUCUUUUAAAACUCUUGGACUCAGGUGUCCUGGACCUCCUUUUAUUAAAACUAGCUUAAUAUCUUCUUGGGUGAUUACUGGAAGGAAAACAAUUGCAUCCUCAUCUGCCAGAAGUCCAUCAUCUGGCUCUUCCCCAAUACCGAACAAAACGAUGUAUUGAACACUUCUGAUUUGGUUAUUAUUGACACUGCUACCAUGCCCACAACAUCGCUGGGUUUCCUUUUGUUUCUGCUUGAAUAGCUCCUCCUUAUUCUCCUGCACACCGCUGGCUACUUGUGUUGCAUUGCUUCCUGUAUUAUACUUU